GUAAUCUAGACAGCUUUUACAAAUUAAAAAAAUAGAUUUUUUUGAAAACCCAUGUAACCCCGUCAUUGAACACCUGACACCUGUUGCUUUGUGGCUAUAAAAAGCCACCCGCCUUAAGCAGAAGGCAGUUACAAUGCCGGAACGAGUACGGUGGACGGGAUCUCUGGCUCUACUCCUUCUCAUGGUGGUGGUGAUCCGGGGGGCCCUGGACGGAUCCGGAAGAUGUGGACCCUACGAGUGCCGCCUCAGCAAUCCAAUCUGUCGAUGCGAGGCCUUUUGCCAGGAGUUCAGUCAGCGGUGCUGGAAGUCCCCCACGGGCUGCCACUGUGCAAGGGGAUACGCCCGUGACGAACGAGGAAACUGCGUGCCCCUUAUAAUGUGUCCUUAGAACCGGAUCAAUAAAUCUUAAAUAAUUUGA